GUACAUCUAAUGAGUUCCGGUACGCUUAUUUGAAUACUUCCGCGAAAACUGAUUCUUAGAAGAUACCUAAAGGAUAAAAUUUACUCAUAUAGUAACACAUGUGCACAAACGUGGCAAGGGAAUUUUCGUGUAGCAGUGGUGAAAGUCAAUUCAAUCGUGUCUUCAAAAUUAAAGGUAUUCUGACUUAAUCGUAUACGUAUCUUAUUACACGUUUUAGUGUGUAGUCUCGCCGAGUAUUUUUACGACUUGUGCCGUACUUUGACGAGACUUUAAGGCGCGUCAAAAUACAUAAAACAAGUAAGAUUACUUAGCGAUACUACAACCAAAACGUUUAAUAUGUUAUUUAUCAUCCAAUCAUUUUUUUGCGAAGUAUUUCUGCUCAUUCUUUAUAGGGCAGGAAAAGAAAAGUGGAGAGAGAAACGUAGGGCGCGCAGCCGACCAGUUAAACAGGUUUUUUUACAGUACAAAAUAACUAACUGUCCAAAUAACCGUACAAUAUCGCAGGGUAUUUGUACUCUAUUCACGCGUUAUUUGAACUCUACUUUGUGCAGUUGGAUAAUACUGUAAACAUUUUCGCGUUUGGUCGAUCCUUCUUUACUUUAAUUAGUUAUUUCACGGACGUGCACCGGAACCUUAGUUGAUGUAAAUGUGUGGUUUUAGUCUCGAAGGAAGAGGCAAAUGAGAAAUGAUGGCGUCUCUACCAGUAAGCUUUCUUCGAGUCACUUUGUCCGGUAGUAGCAAGUCCCUAGAGUCUCAUUUGCGCGGCAGACGAAAACAAAGAUGUUAGUCAAAGUGAUAAUAAGGAUAUGAUAAUUUCAAGUUCUGUGUAUAUUUAAAACAUGCCUAAGCGCUUUGAGUAAAAAGAAAGAGAAAUUGAAUUACCUUUCUCUCCGGUUCUUAUACCUGUGGAUGUCAGCCGUUUCUCUCUUCGAGCUGGAAAAUGAAAUUGAAGAGUUUUCACUUUCCAAAUCCCGGAAGACUUUCGAAAUCAUGCUCGAUUCGUGCCCAGGGCAUCUCGAAAGUUGAAUACCUCGUUUCCGAGAGAGGAAAUGAGGUAAACAAAUGGUUACAAAUACAUAGGAAUGGACUUCAAUCAAAUCUUUCUCCUGUGGCAGAGUCUGGUAUUGAAGAAGUCGAUCCAGCUUGCCGACGUUACUUUAAAUUUGGUACGAGUACAUCAGCCUUGAAUCAACAAAACCUCGAAACGCGACAAGCAACAUCCACUUACACAAUGGCUCAGCAUGUCGCUCCAGCGUUGGACGUAAGUGCAUCAGCCUAUACCAAUUGCAUUGGGUAAUCACCGUAAACGAAUGAGGGGAUCACUUCCACCAAUGGGCUCGAAAUAAUAACUAAUGGAUCACUUGAGCUGCUCUGUAACUUAAAAUUAAUUGUAUGAAAAGGUUUAACUUCUGUUUUGGUCUCCACUCUUAUGAUACAACACGCACUUUAUCCCAGUCUAGAAGGAUUUGGCAGAGGCCAACAUUUCCCCUUGAUCCUUUAAAAUGGUCAUGUGGACCAGAUGUGAUUGCCAUGGUCAUAGCACAUGGUAUGCUUGUGAGAUGGGCUUCAGAGCCUUCGUAAGAUAUUAAAAAGAAAAAAAAAAAGAUUUUUAAUUGUAAGUGAAUACCUGUUAAAGACGUCAGUACUCACUCUGAUUUUAUCUGCCAGUUUAAAUUAGCCACACUCAGCUAUGAUUACAAGAUUAAAGGUUCAUCCGGGUGGGAGCUAUCCUAGUUUCAAUUGCCUGAAGCUACCAAGAGUGUAGCUCAACUCCCUCUUAAAUAGGAUGAUAUUCCAUUGCACCUACCUCCUCUCCCAGACAAUUUUAUCAGGUUCCUGCAAGAUUUUUUCCCUGCAAAUUUACUCAGACCCUAGAUUAUCAACCCCCCUUGCUUGGAGAGAUUGGGGACAGUCUGAACAAGAACAACUUUGUGACCAAGCUUUGGCUACAACCCCAGCCUUUUGGUCCAGAGUCCAGCUCUGUUUAUCCACUUGUCAAUGACCUGAUCCCCUGACUAGACUAAGCUCACUCACAGGGGCCUAACUAUACUUUUUUGGUCUGGAAAAAAGGUGAUUGUGUAUUUUGGUUGUCUGGGUGAGAGUAGUCCUGAGAAAGACUGUUGUGGAUUUACUAAGUAGCAAAUGACAUUCUGACAACCCUAGCAGAAGUUAUCAUCAGAGUUAAACAAAGAGUUGUUGCCAGUCAAGUUAUAGUAGUGGUCCAUGUAAACUGACUGGCCAGGGUUGCUGUGAUUUUAUGGGCUGCAUCUGACCCCAAAAAAUAUAAAUUGAAUGAAAUUAAGAUAAUUGCAAUGUAUUACUUUUGUUUGGUAUCUUAUUUAUCGUCAAAUGUGUAAAUGUUUUCCCCAUUAGGAUGUUAUCAGUAAGACUGUGGACAUUUUCCACAACUACUAUAAGUGUGACUAUCCAAAAAGCCCACAAGUAAAGGAUGGAUUGAAGCGUCUUCUAAAUGAAAGAUACAGGGAUGAUGUCAAUAGCUUCAUUGACCACUUUGUUCAUCCCACUCAAAGUCUUCUUAGCAGUUUGGAGGAAAAGGCACAGUAUAACUUUUGCUCUAAUUAAUCAUUUAUUUUUGUUAUUUUACACUGUAAUUGGGAUGAACUUUGGAAUGAUGGUAAAUAAUGUACAUAGUGUAAUGAUUUGCUGUGGGUGAGGGCUGAGCCUUGCAAUUACAUCGUACUACCAAAGUUUAAAUGCUAUGAAACUGUAUAGUUCAGUUGUUUCCAGAGUGACACUGGUUGUUCAAGAUAUAUGAAUAUUAUUGAGAAAAGACUGUUUUAGGUAUUCUAAGUUUUUUAAAAGCAGCUCUCAAAGGUGGAUCUUUCUAAAUCAUAGUGCUCUACAGCUCAAGUGCUAUCCUUGCUAAGGCAAUUACACUACUGUAGCAUGUUGCAUCAUUCUGUGUCCAAAUAUGAGUGAGAUGAUAAGAAAACUCAAUGGAGAUUUAGUUACCAAAAAUCUGUGUAAACUCAGCCAUGUAGCCAAAUGAUCCCUUACUACACAUGUGUUACAUGAAUUUGAGACUGACAAGCAUAACCUCAUGACUUCUUAUGUCAUGCGGCACAACUACAUGAUAGAGUUUUGUUUUAAUACAAAGUGAUGAUCACUCAGUUUCAUAUUUUCCACUAUAGAAGUUUCCCCUUUGCUUACCCAAUGGCAAAGUAGUUCUUCAUCUGGUUCCUCCUAUGACCAAAUUGGCAGUUGGGGAGUUCUUUUACCAGGUGGGUCUCAUUAGAACAAGUGGGUUCAGUAAUAAUGUAUAUGGACCUGUAUUACAAUAGCUGAUAAUGAAACUACUAUCUGAAAUGCCCACAUGUACUGUUGGCAGUUCUGUGUCAAUCAGGCAUUUUGAAACUGAUCUUGUGACUUUUUUCUUCUUUUCCACUGUCACGUGUAGGUGGGCCAUACUAAUCCACGCACUUUAGUUGUUAAAUUGGCAAAAUAUGAGCAGAGAGGGACUAAAGUGAAUGAAUUGCAGCGCUCAACAGUUCCUGAAGAUGACCAUGACAUUGCAUUCACCAAAGAGUACUUUGACCAAAUAAGGGGUGAGGUUCCGGAUGGACUGGGAGAUGUUCUGAUGCGUACCCUUGUUGUCAUGGGUAAUCCAAACUGGACGGUUCAGAGAGAGGGUGCGGCAAAUCACCUUGGGAAUGUAAGUUGAAAUGUGGUAAUUUCUUUUCUAUCUUGUUCGUUCAUAGCAGAUUUAAUAAUGAUCAAGAGAGAGGGGAAAGUGAAAAAUUAUGAAGGGAGCAGGGAAGACAAGGCAUGUAAUAUGUAAUAACCAUCUGUUAUAUGCAGAAAAUAAAGUUACGCUUCUCUUUUGAACAAAUAGCUAAAAGUGGCCUAUCAAUGUUUUUGAACAGUCAGAAGGUCACCUGCCUAGAAUAGAUUUCAAAAUAUUAGAGAAAGGGUGUGUUGUUUGAAUUAGUGUGUAUCAUCGCACUUUGGAGUUAAUUAUACUUGAACUACUACAAAAUUAAGGUGAAAUUGGCCAUGGUAGAAUUCUACACUACUCUGUGCAAAAUGUUGACAACAUUUCUGAAUUCUCAGUUCAUAUUGAUCAGUUAUUGAUUCCUAAAGACUUCAUGCCUCCUCUAGAGAACUUAAUGUUCCCUGUAUUGUGUGGCAAGACCAAGGGAAAAACAGACUUGUGUCUUACCUGAUUUAAUGAAUGUUUCAUCAUAUUCAUAAGUCAUAUUCAUUUGUAAAUAUAUUACAUGAAAAAUAUAUUAAUCAAUAGCAAUGUCUUCCUUAGUGUCCAACAGAAAGGCAUAGCAGGUUGAGGCCAGAGUCCCAUCUGUCUGUUCAGGAAAGCUGCGAUGAUGAUUCAAGCACUAUGUCGGAGCCCAAUUCUCCAACAGAAAAUGAUGAUGUUUACCCAUCAACAGAUGGGGUAUUUGUGCAUACCAAUGGUUGUGACAAAGGAAAAUAA